GGCGGCAUCUGGCAGUAUAGGUCCUCAGGUACUGGACCCUGGCGCCUGAUUGUAUCCAUGUGAGCAGACCAGCAGGACCAGCAGACAGACAGUCCUUCGGUGGCAGGUGUCGAAGACAGUAGUGUGAGCAGGACUCCAGUGCUUUAUUUUCCACAACAUCGGCAUGAUGUACAGCCUUGGCCUACUCCUGCUUCUGACGGCAGUGCAGGCGCAAAUACGAUUCCCCGGCGAGGAGCCGGACGGCGGAGGCGUGGAGGCCACCGACGCUGAGUUGUUUGAAGCCCUUGACCUGACCACGCGCCAAAAUACAAACCCUGGAAGCGGUCUUCCCUCCUGUGUGACACCCGGUGGUGAGACUGGUACGUGCCAGUCCUUCUCUUCAUGCAGACAAUUCGCCUCCCUGAGGAGCCAGUUGCGAAAGCCAUCUGUCCUCUCAUUUCUGAGGCAGCGCAUCUGCGGGCGUUUCAGAAACACUGUGCACCUGUGUUGUGUCGAUCAAACCUCCAGCAACCAACCCGCAGGCUCUCCGACCCGCUCCGGCGGGCUCAACCAAAUCGAUUGUGGAGAGGCCUCGGGUGUCAGGGUGGUUAACGGCGAGGAUACAUCGCCCGGCGAGUGGCCCUGGCUGGCAGCGCUAGGCUUCCGGAACGGGAACACCUUCCGGGCAGGCUGUGGCGGCACUCUCAUCACUCGCAAACACGUGCUGACUGCCGCACACUGCUUCGCCAAACCAGAGUUCGCGCCGAAGGUAGUGCGGCUCGGGGACUACAACCUCGUGAGAACUGACGACACGACCACACCACCACAGGACUUCAACAUCAAGGAACACCGCGACGGAGGAUACAACGCAGUGAGCCAAGAGAACGACAUAUCCAUCGUGAUUUUGGACGGAGAAGCUAGAUUUAAUGAUUUCGUCCAGCCCGCGUGCCUGCCCUACAAUGUGCCCGGUGACUUCACUGGAAAGUCACUCGUCGUAACGGGCUGGGGCAGGACAGAACACUCAAAUUUACAGACUCCCAGUAUUCCCCUGAAGGCCUUGGUGCCACUUAAGGACAGAGCCAGCUGCGCGCAAGACUACAAAAGGCUUCCGCAGAUAGUGAUAGACAGAAGGACCAUGUGUGCUGGCGACGGCACAACGGACGCGUGCGUUGGUGACAGCGGUGGUCCCUUGAACUACCUGGACCUAACGACGGGCAAGUAUUCCGUGGUUGGGGUCGUCUCCUUUGGCGUGGGCUGCGCUCGGAAGGAGUUCCCGGGCGUAUACACGGAUGUCAGAUCCUUCCUGGGCUGGAUCGAACAGAACGUACGUCAGUGAGUCACUGUGGGAUUGAAAUUACAUUCUUUGGAUCAACCUAGCCUAUAUGUGUGGCCAUCUCUAAGCUUGAAAUGUUUCUCUGUGUUGCAGUUCUCUCCAAAAAAUAUAUCUUGGAAAAAUAAAGCUUUAUCACAGAAA